AUGGCUAGUAAAACAUCUCAGCAAAUCAUAUGGCUUUUGGUUUCAAUUGUCGUACUGUCAACCCUUUUUGGACUCAUUCUGCCAACCAAGGUCCUCCGUCUAUUACCAGCCAUAUCAUCAAUAGUCAGCCUACAAUUUGCUUACGACGAGUAUGCCUUCCUCUCUUGCUGGAUGUCACAUCAAUACCGCGUGCAGGCAAAUGAGCUGCUACCGCGUUGGUUUACCAACUGGGGACCAUGGGGAACCAAAGUCGUCUUUGGAAGUUUUACUCUGAGUUUGGCAAGCGGAAUUGCGAAUGCCGUGACUUCUUGGAAUGGCACUGGGGCUCGGACUGUUGUUCUCUUUUACAUGGCCGGAACUCUAUUUGCGGCCGGUCAUCUCCUUAUUUUUGGACCGAAGGCACUCGGUUUGCUGGCCAGGAUCCGGCGUAAUGAUGCUAAUGCUUCAAGCACGGCAUCAUUAGAGCUGUGGUUGGAGAUGCACCUGACGAGGUCUUUGGUGGUGGACUUACCAGCUGUUGUCUGCUUCAUCAUCGGUUUACUUUUGGCCAUGGAGAGCGUGGUAUAA